AUGUCAAGUCAUAAGGAUUUUAGCCUAAUAUCUAAUGAAAAUGACUAUUUACCGUCACCUCCGAUAGUCGGAGAAAUGUCUAUGACGGAACUCUGGAUUAAAUUGUUUGCGAUUGCUGUGUUGGUCUUGUUGGGUGGAGUUUUUGCUGGUCUCACGAUAGGUUUGAUGGGACUUGAUGAAACAAAUCUAAACGUGUUGGUGGUGUCAGGCGAGACUGAUGAACGUAAACACGCGAAAGAAGUAUUAGAGUUAUUGAAUCGUGGUAAACAUUGGGUGCUGGUGACAUUGCUACUCUCGAACGUGAUUGUCAAUGAAACAUUGCCGAUUAUCAUGGAUUCUGUGUGGGGUGGAGGCUGGCCUGCCGUUUUAAUAUCUACCGCGUUGAUUGUGUUAUUUGGAGAGUUUGUCUUGCUUUUAAUGUAUCUCAUGUAUCCAGUGGCUCAUCCAAUUGCCGAUUUGUUAGAUUACUGUUUAGGUGAACAUCAUGGCACAAUAUAUCGAAAAUCUGAACUAAAAACCUUUGUAUCACUACAUAAAAAUGGCGGAAUUGAAAGUCUUAACGAAGAUGAAGUGACAAUAAUCAGUGCAGUAUUGGAACUUCGUGAAAAACCCGUUUCGGUUGUGAUGACUCCAUUGGCGGAUGUUUAUACGCUGAGUGCUUAUCAUAUAUUAGAUCAGAAAACUGUCGAUGAGAUCCUGAUAGCUGGGUAUUCGCGAAUACCAAUAUACGAACCGCCAAAUCCCACGAACUUUAUCGGAAUGCUUCUUGUCAAGAAGCUUAUAUCCUAUGAUCCUGAAGAUGAAUCACCAGUCAAUGUUUUCACAUUGAGUUCUUUGCCGGAAACAUCACCAGAUACUAGUUGUCUUGAUAUUCUGAAUUUUUUCCAGGAAGGAAGAAGUCAUAUGGUGCUUGUCACCGAGAAUCCUGGUGGUGAGGGUGGCGCACUCGGUGUGAUUACUUUGGAAGAUGUGAUUGAAGAAUUGAUUGCAGAGGAAAUUAUUGAUGAAACAGAUGUUUAUGUUGAUGUUCACAAAAAAGUUGAAGUAGUUCGACGACCACCUCGCCAAAUGAAACCACGACCAUUUCUUACUAUCCAUCGAGCUGGAGCUCACGCCAAAAAUCCAAAUUGGGGUCGAACAUUGUCUAGCGAAAAAAUAACAAACAAUAAUAAAGAUGACUGCGUCGUCGUUGAUAAAGAUGGUACUGGUAACAACUCGAAAUCUAGAUCAAGAUCAAAGUCUCCCGAAAGUGUACGAAUUACGACAGAUAGUGUGAUUGAUAAACGAAGAGGAAAAUUCAGUAAAAACGAAGAUAAGUCAACAAAUCCUCAAGGUUCUUCGCCUACAACUCCUGCUGCUUCGGGUAUUCCUUCUGCUCCAUCCAAUUCCAAUACUAAAUAUGGUUCAAUUGAAAAUUCAAAUCGAGUAAAUAACAGCGAUCAUAAUGGAAUUGAUAAAUUUAAAGGGAAAAGAUUGCCUGAUAGCGAUGACGAAUUCGAACAGCAACAGCAUUCAGAAGUGGAACCAUUAUUGAGGGAGAGAAACGGAACAUCUUAA